AUGGACAGAGCCGCUCAAGGCCACGUAGACGGCCACAGUGCCGGCGGUGAGAAGGGGUUCUCCCCAGUGGAUACGAAGACGGUCACGAGCAGCCUCGCGGCUGACGAAACCUCCGGUGACGAUGGAGAGAAUGCUUCCACCACGACCUCUACUUCCCUCCCCUUUCAGAACGUAAACCACGACAACUCGGGGACAAAUUCAUACGCACUUAUAACGCCAGGUGGAAACCAGGAGUUCUUCAUAAACGCGGUGGGCCCUAGGAUCGUCGAUUCGUCAGUGACUGAUGAAUCUCUCCAAACAGCUGGAGGCAUUAAAAUCGGCAAUGGGUCGACUGGCCUACUCUUCGAGAAUAGCGUUUUCCGAACUUACACUGGAGAUGGUCAUUUAAUUGACCUGCAAGCUUUGUUGAACCAGAAGCCUCUCUUGCCUCGUGGAAAUCUAGGCGAGUCCCUCUGCGUUCUUGUCAGGUCCGAAUCAAUCAUGAACUGA